AUGGCCUGGAGUUUCCGCGAGAAAGCCCAGCUUGGAGGGCUGCUCCUCUCUCUCCUCGGCUGGGUCUGCUCCUGUGUCACCACCAUCCUGCCCCAGUGGAAGACUCUUAAUCUGGAACUGAACGAAAUGGAGACCUGGAUCAUGGGGCUUUGGGAGGUCUGCGUGAAUCAGGAGGAAGUUGUUGUGUGCAAGGCCUUUGAGUCCUUCUUAUCUCUGCCCCAGGACUUCCAGGUAUCCCGCAUCCUCAUGGUAGCCUCCCAUGGGCUGGGACUCCUGGGGCUUCUGCUCUCUGGCUUUGGGUCUGAAUGCUUCCAGUUGUACAGGAACAGAUGGGUAUUUAAGAGGUGGCUUUGUCUCCUGGGAGGGACUUUCGAAGCAUCCGCUUCAGCCACCACCCUCUUUCCAGUCUCUUGGGUGGCCUACGCCACAAUCCAAGACUUCUGGGAUGACAGCAUCCCUGAGAUUGUGCCUCGCUGGGAGUUUGGAGAUGCCCUCUACCUGGGCUGGGCUGCUGGGAUUUUCCUGGCCCUUGGCGGGUUGUUCCUCAUCUUCUCAGCUUGUCUGGGAAAAGAAGAGGAGUCCUCUCUCCGGAUGGUUGGUCCUACAGCCCCACCAUUCUAUGCCCCAGCAGAUAGGUCCAGUGACUCCUUCUAUCUAACACCAAGACCUAGGAACCUGUUCAUCUAG